AUGACACGGUUACAAUUAGCAAGAUCUCGGCCUCUCUCCAUCACAGCCACUCCAACGAUCCCACUACAAGCUCAUAGAAUAACUGAAAACCGAUUCGAGCAUCAGAUACGAAAAGGUUCCUCCAAGGCGACUAAGGUUGUAGCACCUGAUGCGCACCCAGCUUCGCUCACCGAUGUUAAGCCAAACAACCUAGUCGAGUAUGCCUUCACGACUCUGGAUAAGCUAGCCAAUUGGGGCCGCACUGGCUCCCUCUGGCCAUUGAGCUUCGCUCUCGCUUGCUGCGGCGUCGAAAUGAUGCACGUUUCGAUGCCACGCUACGAUCAAGACCGUCUCGGCACCUUCUUCCGUGCGUCCCCUAGACAGGCAGAUGUGAUGAUUGUCGCAGGGACUGUCGUAAACAAAAUGGGUCCUGCAUUGCGACAACUCUACGAUCAGAUGCCUGAGCCGCGUUGGGUUAUCAGCAUGGGGUCUUGUGCCAAUGGAGGAGGAUACUAUUACUACAGCUAUAGCGUUGUUAGGGGAGUUGAUCGUAUCGUUCCGGUCGAUAUCUAUGUUCCUGGUUGUCCGCCUACUGCCGAGGCUCUGCUGUAUGGUAUCUUGCAGCUGAAGAGGAAGAUCAAGAGUCAAAGACCUUCGAGGAUGUGGUACCGAAAGAAGUAG